AUGGAGGCCCAGGUCGAAAAUGCCAUCCAAAUCGCCUCGGACCCCCUCUCGAACCAGCAGCUGCGCGGCCAGGCCAUAGAAUACCUCAACCAGCUACGCGCAGAAGGCACCGCGUGGCAGGCCUCGCUAGCUCUCUUCAUCCGCGAUCCUCGUCCCUCAGAUAUCACUCGCCAUACCUCCCUCGACCUCGUCAACAAUGCCGUUCAAGAGCACCGGCUCGACGAGCAGAGCCUUGCAUACAUCAAGGACACGCUCAUGACUCACAUUCGCCAGUCCUACGCGCCUGGCAGUAGCUCGACCGACACAACCCAUAUCCAGAACAAGCUGAUGCAAACCAUGACCUAUCUUUUUGUAGCCUUAUACCCUUCUUCGUGGCAGUCUUUCUUCGACGAUUUUCGCGCGCUCGCCGGCGACCAGGCAGCUAUCGGCAGCACCAACGCCGCUACGACUUUCCUAUAUCUACGCGUACUGGGCCAGGUGCACGACGAAAUCGCCGAUCAGCUGGUCUCGAGGCCCGAAGACGAGAAGAAGCGCAACACCGACCUGAAGGAUCUGAUCCGACAACGGGACGCUCAGAAGAUCUCAUUAUCGUGGCAGGAGAUCCUCGGCAAAUGGAGGGACAUUGACCUGGGUCUUGUUGAGAUGUGUCUCCGGACCAUCGGUCGAUGGGUCAGCUGGACGGAUAUUAACCUCAUUGUAAAUCAGUCCAUGAUCAGUACUUUUCUGGAAAUGGCUGGACAGCAAGGCAUCAACGAUCCCGGAAGUCCAUCCGGCAAAGUCCGUGAUGCAGCCAUCGAUACCUUUUCAGAGAUUGUCAGCAAGAAGAUGAGUCCAGGCGACAAGAUUGAGCUCAUCCUGUUUCUGAACCUCUCGGACGUUGUCGGCCAGCUUCUUGGAAGCCCAGCGCUGGCGGAAUACAACAGCCCGAACUACGACAAUGAUCUUGCAGAGACCGUAGCGAAGCUCGUCAACAACAUCGUCUUCGACGUCGUUAAAAUUCUGGAAAGCGAUUCUGUGAACGAGCAGACCCGUCAACGCGCCGACGACCUUGUCCGAAUCUUUACGCCGUACCUCCUGCGCUUCUUUGCCGAUCAAUACGACGAAGUCUGUUCAACCGUCAUCCCAGCUCUGACCGAUCUCCUUACUUUCCUGCGCAAGCUUCAAAAGAAGACUGGAUCCGUGCCACCUCAGUAUGCGGCGGUGCUACCACCUGUUUUGGACGCCAUCGUUGCGAAGAUGAAGUAUGACGAGACCGCCUCUUGGGGCGAGGAAGACGAACAAACAGACGAAGCGGAGUUCCAGGACCUGCGAAGACGCCUUCACGUACUGCAGCAGACGGUCACGGCUAUCGAUGAGGCAUACUACAUUGAGACGCUUAGCCGUGUAGUGAACGGCACGUUUGGUCGUCUGUCGCAGGGCGAUCAGAGUUUGAACUGGCGUGAUCUCGAAUUGGCUCUGUACGAGAUGUAUCUGUUUGGCGAACUGGCAGUCAGGAACCAAGGAUUGUACGCAAAGCGCGAACCUUCGUCUGUCGCUGCCCAGCAGCUCGUGGGUAUGAUGCACAGCAUGAUCGACUCAGGUCUCGCCAACUACUCACACCCUGCUGUUCAACUCCAGUACAUGGAAAUUUGCGUCCGCUACUAUCAGUUCUUCGAGCAAAACCCUCAGCUGAUCCCCAAGGUCCUCGAGAACUUUGUCUCGUUGACACACAGCAACCACGUCAAAGUUCGCUCACGAUCAUGGUACCUCUUUCAGCGACUAGUUAAGCACCUUCGAGCCCAAUUGGGUAACGUUUCGUACGACAUCAUCCAGGCUGUCGGUGACUUGCUCACCAUCAAGGCGGAAGUCCCCGAUACUUCAGAGGACGAUAUGUCAUCAGACGAAGACGAUCAGUCUGCGGACGCCCUCUUCAACUCGCAGUUGUAUCUGUUCGAGGCGAUUGGGUGCAUAGCCUCUGCGAACACAGUCUCAACGGAAAACAAGCAGCUGUACGCUCGAACAAUCAUGAGCCCUCUGUUCGCCGACAUGGAGCAGACGCUUCCUCAGGCCCGAAACGGCGACGAGCGAGCGAUUCUUCAGACCCACCACAUCAUCAUGGCUCUUGGUACACUUGCGCGUGGCUACUCAGAUUGGGUACCUACAGCCAACAACAGUACCGCUCCGCUUACCGAAGUUGCGGACGAGUUUACCAAAGCUUCUGAAGCCAUCCUCGUUGCUCUUCAGUCGCUGAACACCUCCGGAUCGAUACGCCACGCCGCGCGCUUUGCUUUCUCGCGACUGAUUUCUGUCCUUGGCUCACGAUUGCUACAACAACUGCCUUCCUGGAUUGAGGGACUGCUUUCGCUUAGCUCUUCCAUGGAUGAAAUCAGCACGUUCCUCAAGGUCCUCGCGCAGGUAAUCUUCACUUUCAAAUCUGAGAUCGCAAGCAUCUUGGAUACGGUUAUGACUCCGGUUCUGCAACGCAUUUUCACGGCGUUGGCAGUAACACCGUCGGGCACAGACGACGAGAUCCAGCUGGCUGAGCUCCGCCGCGAGUAUCUGAACUUCAUCACCGUUGUUCUCAACCAGAAUCUUGGGUCUGUGCUCGUCAGCAACACCAACCAAGCAACGUUCGAGCCAGUCGUUGCUUCGAUCGAGACUUUUGCCCGCGACACCCGGGACUACCAGACCGCACGUCUUGCCAUCUGUGUCAUCGUCCGCAUGAUCGAUGUCUGGAGUGGUGCAGACAAAGUCGGCCCGGGAGCGAACACAACAUCCACAACACCUAGCACCGAGCCGCUGCCAGGCUUUGACAACUAUGUGAUCGAGCGUUUCUCGCCCCUCGUGUGGUCUAUUCCUGCCUCGCCCGGCUUCAACUCGAAGGAUGCGCAGGCCAAGCAGGUCUUACACGAGACCGCCAAUCUGCAAACCGAGAUCAUCAAGAAGGUUGGCGAGCCGUACGUCGAGCGUCUCCGUAGCGAUCUUGGCGGCAUGGGCGUUGGCGGCGACGGCGUAGACCAGUAUCUGCGCACGCUAGCUGGCGCCUUUGAAGGCGCAAAAAAGGAGAAGGAGUGGAGGAGCUUCUUCGCCCAGUUUGUCGAGCGCAUGCUGUCCGCGAGGUCGUAG